AUGGCCGCCCUCGGCGCCGACGAGUAUGGCUUUGGCACCGUGGCCAUGAUCGCCACCGGCUGCAUCAUGGCCCGCGUCUGCCACACCAACAACUGCCCCGUGGGCGUGGCCAGCCAGCGGGAGGAGCUGCGGGCGAGGUUCCCGGGCGCUCCCGAGGACCUGGUCAACUAUUUCCACUUUGUGGCGGAGGAGGUGCGGGCGGGGCUGGCCUCCCUGGGCUUCCGCUCCAUGAACGAGCUCAUCGGGCGCGCCUCGGUGUUGCGCCAGCGCGCCCACCCGCUGGCCAAGACCUCCGGCCUCGACCUCUCCUUCCUCACCACCUACGCGGGGGAGACGGGCAGCAGCGUGGAGCGGCUGGGCCAGGAGGUUCACUCCAACGGGCCGCAGCUGGACGACGAGAUCCUGGCGGACGCAGAGGUGCAGGCCUGCAUCUCCAACUCCACCCAGCUCACCAAGUCCUACGACAUCGUCAACGUGGACCGCUCCUCGCUGGGCCGCGUGGGCGGCGCCAUCGCCAAGAAGUGA